CCAUUUCAUGCAGAGUCGAGUGUGCAUCACAAGGGCCCUUUGAGGAUGUCAUCAACAAUGUGGACCGUGGCUCUCACUCUUUGUUUGGGAAAUAUUCUCAUCAGAGCAGAGGCCAGUGAUCAGCAUUCAGAACCGUUCCCAGUAAAUGAACUCGCUGAAACAGCCUCCCCCGGUAUUUUAACGCGGGGAAACCAGAAAUCCAACAGCUCAAUCCAUCCACCGCAAUUAGCAGGACCAAAAGCAUCGCACCCUCCUAUGUGCUCGGAGUCGGCCGGAAUCAGAGACACCUUCAAAUAUAUCAACACCGUGGUCUCUCUGCUCGUGUUUAUCGUCGGAACAGUGGGGAAUGCAGCCUUGCUGAAAAUCAUAUAUGUCAACAAAAGCAUGAGAAGUGGACCUAAUAUCCUCAUUGCAAGUCUUGCUCUUGGCGACAUAAUCCACAUUAUCAUAGACAUUCCAAUCAAUGCUUAUAGGCUUAUGGCAGAAGAUUGGCCGUUUGGUUUAAUGCUGUGCAAACUUGUGCCCUUCAUACAGAAAACCUCUGUUGGAAUAACUGUGUUGAGCCUGUGUGCUUUGAGUGUCGACAGAUACCGAGCUGUAGUUUCCUGGAAUCGAAUCAAAGUCAUCGGGGUUUCAGGUUGGACAGCAGUGGAAAUAACUUUGAUAUGGGUUGUGUCGAUCCUGCUGGCCGUGCCUGAACUUGUCGGCUUUGACACGAUAAUGAUGAACUAUAAAGACAAGCAGCUGAGAAUAUGUCUGCUUCAUCCAAUGCAAACCUCACACUUCAUGCAGACUUACAAGUCAGUGAAGGACUGGUGGCUCUUUGGAUUUUACUUUUGCAUGCCACUGUCUUGGACUGCCGUCUUCUACACACUCAUGACCUGGAAAAUGCUGAGAAACACUAAGAAUAUAUUGAGUGACCACACCAAGCAGAGACUAGAAGUUGCGAAGACUGUUUUCUGCUUGGUGAUUGUGUUUGCACUCUGUUGGUUGCCUUUAUACCUCAGCAGAAUCUUGAAAUCAACCAUAUAUGAUGAAAAAGAUCCAAAUAGGUGUAAGCUAUUGAGUGCCUUCCUCGUCCUGGACUACUUUGGCAUUAAUAUGGCAUCACUCAACUCGUGCAUCAACCCUAUUGCUUUGUACAUAGUCAGCAAACGCUUCCAGAGAUGUUUUAAGGUCUGCCUGUGCAGACUGUGUUUACCUCCUCAAGAUUUUACCCAUGAAGACGUGCAAUCUGUCUCCAAGUCCAGAAUGCAGGAUCAAGGCUCAGAGCAAAACGGCAACAUCAAAGCUCACAAAGACACUUCCACGCCUCUCCCUGAGCAGGAAAACAUCUUACUGUGCUCACAAAAGUCAUGUGGAACUGUGAGUCCUGUGAUCAUUUUAUUAUGAACUGUACAGUGGAUUGUGUUACCACACCAAAGCUGUUCUGUGGGUGGUUUUGCAACAUUAAUGUGCCCUCCUUAUAAUAUAUAAAUACCUUGUGAAUAAUAAUGUGUAUGCAUUGCUGUCUCUUGUACUGAUGUCUUCAGCUGAACAUCUGCUUUGGCAUGAGCAACCUGAAGUCAGACUAUUUUCCCGUGGGGCUUGAGUCACUCUCAACCAUUACAUCAGAUUUUACCUCAUACCUACACCUGUAUCAUGCAUUACAGUUCUCAAACCGUUGUUUCGGGCACCGUGUUAACCUGGCACCCAUCAACAGAUAUCUUGUCACAGCUGUCUGCAUAUUACUUCCAAUUCCUGGAUUCUGGAAAGACGCGGUACCACAGGAAAUGAAACGAAUGGGAAUUCACAAUUACCGUGUUGUUGUUUUUUAUGGGAUAUAGGGUGUAUUACUAUUGUUUUCAUGUCUUUUAUGUUUCCCAUGCGCUGCCGCUUGGGAGUUAAUUGUAUUUCUUUCAUUCUUAAACCUUGAGGAACAUGUCAAAUUGGUAUCACAAGUAGAUUCUGUCACUGCCGCUGAAUGACUGAUUGAUGGUGGCCUAUUUUUAAUGCAUUGUUAAAUGUGUAAUGCAUGGAGACACUUUAUAAAAGACCUGAGAGAAGGGAAGAAGGAAAGCAAAGAUGACAGAAUGAGGUCAUGAGGAGACGGGUGGGAGGAGGAGGAGGAGGAGGAGAAGAGAGAUGAGCACCUGAUAGGUCUUCUUGUCACAGGACAAGGCAAGCACAAAUAGAGGGCUGUUCUUCCACCUAAUGCUGCAUCAGUUGACAAAACUGUCUUGAUGUUGUGCGCUGGAAUGCCUAUUAAAAGUUUCUCUUGUCUAAGCAGGGAACACAACUCUCAACUGUUUGCACAGAUUCAGUAAUUAAUUUGAAUAGAAGCAGCUGAAUACCUGAGGGGUUUAUGACGCUCAGAAGUUUAAUAGAGAUAUGACAGUGCUUUUGUUUGAAACUAAUUAAAAUAUGCUCUUUUAUUCCUCACAUUAAACUUUCUUCUUUUGAUUUUCUUUUCAGAAUUAACCACGUAAACACAGUGACGUUGUCUAU